CCUAGAGUGACGGAUUUUUGAUGUUCACCGCGUGCAGUUGGGAGGGAUAGGCAGUUGGUUCUAAUUGGGUAUGAAGCCGGAUAUCUUACUUCCUCGUUCUUUUAUCCGAAAAAAUCAACUUCAUGUCUUUCAAGUCGUCGUUAUCAAUGACAAAUUCCCUGCAACUAUUGGAGUUUCCUCUUCUGAUGAGGUCGAAAUUCCCGAUGCUACCGUAUCCAGAUUUGGUGCAAACUUGUCCGAAAAGCUUACUGUCCAACUGCCAGUCCGGGUAUUCCCAGCGAAGUUAUUGAAGCUGGAAAUAAUGUAACUUAUUAUAAAGUAAUCUCCGUGUGAUUUAGAACACCAGUAAACCCUCUUUUAAUUCCGCUGCUGGAAACAAGUGUACACUAUAGGCUACAAAUGUCUCAUUUACUUAUCGGAACAACUGAGGUUGUUCGAGCUCUAGGAGACUAUUUCUCACUUCAGUGUAUUGAAGCAAUUUCUACAACUGGAGAAUCAAUUUUUAUUCGUAAUGCAAGACAACAAUAUUUCAAAAGGGAACCCGAUUCAUCUCCUCGACGUGACAACUUCAGUUUCUCGUUUGAAUCAUUCAGCAACACUAAUGACUCCUGGUCAUGUGAAUUUAAUCAGUCUGUUUCUAAUCAUCUUGUGUUUAAAAUCGGUACUUCCACCCAACUGAUUCUAGUCCAAACUAGAAAUCUACCUAGUAUAUCAGUCGAUAUGGGGAGCUCAAUAACUUCCAGGUUGACUGCAAAAGACGACUAUAUCAAUCACAACAAAUACCAUUUAUGUGGCUUAGAUGUUGUUAAAAGUGUGGUAUUCGGUUAUCUACAAAACUUUCUGUUGACAUGCGUUGAAGGAAAUAAGACUGUUUUAACUUCCACUAUGGAAGCUGGCAUUAUCAUAUAUGGACUACCAGGUUGCGGGAAACGCACGUUUCUUGAAAGUCUCACUGAUGGUGUAAAUUAUGCGGAUUCAGAUAUUGAGCCUCAAAAAAGUUUGACAUUUAUUACACUUACUCCCAAACUAAUCAAGGAAUUAACUGAUGAAUCUUCUCAUCGUUUAUCUAUAAUAGAGCGAAUUGGUGCACAUCAUUGGCUAAAAAAUUCAGUUAAACAAUCAGAAAUCAAUGGCAAAGUUUACAUUCCAGUUGUCAUAUUAUGGCCAAACAUCGAUAAAUGGAUUGACUCUGAUGAAAAUGGGGAUGGUAAUUAUCAUACUUCUGCAGUGGAUACAAACAGUGAGGUGAAAAAGUUUUCUAUAGUUUUAGAUCGGCUUAUGGAAUCAAUUCAGUGUGUUAAUCAAACUCCUGUCUUCGAUCAGCAAAUAAUUUAUCGAUUCUGUAUUCUGGCAACAGCUACCACAAUAGAUAAAGUUUUCAGUAUUCAUGAAUGUAGAGAGCUUUUCUAUAGACGACUGUUGGUAUCGCUUCCUGAUGCAACAAGACGUUAUCAGAUUUUGUAUCACAAUAUUUAUUUACGCUUACAUCAUGACAAGGAGAUUGUUAAACAUGAAUCGUUUUCCGAAGAUUCUACUAUGAAUGAUCAGUCAUAUAAUACUGUUGACGAGAACGAAAAUCUUAUUCAGGUUGCAGCUCAGUUGCAUGGCUAUACACCGAAGGAUCUAGUUCGUUUGGUUCAAGUGACAUAUGCCAGUUUUGUGGCUAUGCAGCACAACUGCUUGGAGGAUUCUGUAAAGCGAAAAGUUUUGACGUUCAACGAACAGUUGGAUCUAUUCUGCAGAAUCUUAAGAAUUGAAUCUAGAUCCUAUUUACCAAUCAAUAUCUCCCAUCAUAUAACAUCCGUGGAUCCUUUAAGAUGGACAGAUAUUGGUGGAUAUAGUGAAUUGAAGUUAAUAUUUAGAACAAUGAUACAAGAUCGCUUAAUCAGUGCUGCGAAACCCAAUAGUCCAGAAGCCAAAGCAGAUGCUGCUUUACUCCUCCGUGUACCGCGUGGUAUAUUACUUCACGGUCCUCCUG